UACCAUACAAUACCACAUUUAUUGCAUUGCCCAGACAAAAAUAACAUCUUCACAUCAUCAUCAACAUCAUCACCACCGUCAGAACAUUUCGCCCACUUGUCCUCGCUGCCGUGUGCUUUCCGGCAGGAAGCCGAUCUGGAUUCUGGUCAGACGGGGUAUUUAAUAGGUUGCUGAAAAAGUUAAUCGUCUAUUGUCUUUUUUAUUAUUUUUUUGUUGUUGUUGUUGUUAUUUCUCUUUAGAUUGUGUACGGUUAAUUUAGCUGUCUGCAGUUAAGAGCUUGAACAUGGGUUUAAUGCUUUUUUUAGUUUUUGUAUAGUAGAUUUUGGACGGUGUCUGGGAGAGGUAGCUGAUUGAGGAGGUGUACUGGGUAUGUGGGUUGCUCUUAAUUGGAAUCAUGGGUGUGUGGCAGUACUGUUUCUGGACUUUUGGGGAAGAAGUGAAGCUGAUUAGCUGAAUCUUUGAAUUACUAUUUUUCUGGGGUUUAUUGAAGUUCUGAUCUUUUAGGGGAACUAGGUUUUAUUGGUAUUACAAUUCACUCGAUUCAGUUUGCAAAUUUGGAUCUUUUGGCUCUCUGGGUUUGAUCUAUGGAGGCUAGAUUUGGAGGUGAAGCUCAGGCUCAUCAUUUCUACAGUACAGGUGCCACGAAUUUACGGGCAGUGGGGAAGAGAAGUUUAGAGUGGGACUUGAAUGACUGGAAAUGGGAUGGUGACCUUUUCAUAGCUAACCCUUUGAAUCCAGUGCCAUCUGGUGGCAUGGAUAGGCAAUUUAUCCCUCUCGCUACAGGAAUUUCAGUGAAUGGGAAUUCAUCCAAUAGUUCAUCCUCCUGUUCUGACGAGGUGAAUCUGGGAAUUGAGAAAGGAAAGAGGGAGUUGGAGAAAAGGAGAAGGGUUAUUGUCAUUGAAGAUGAUAAUUUGCAUGGUGAAGAAGUGGGUAGCCUUAGCUUGAAGCUUGGUGGACAUGGUUAUCCAGUUAGUGAAAGGGAGAUGGGAAAUUGGGAGGGAAAUAGUGGAAAAAAGACCAAGUUGGUUGGUGGUAGCAUGAGCCGUGCUGUUUGUCAGGUGGAGGACUGUGGUACUGAUCUGAGCAAUGCCAAGGAUUAUCAUAGGAGGCACAAGGUUUGUGAAAUGCAUUCCAAGGCCAGUAAAGCCCUUGUGGGAAACGUUAUGCAGCGUUUUUGUCAGCAGUGUAGUAGGUUUCAUGUUCUUCAAGAGUUUGAUGAAGGGAAGAGAAGUUGUCGCAGACGGUUGGCUGGCCAUAAUAAAAGGAGGAGGAAAACAAAUCCCGAUGCUGUUGCUAAUGGGACUUCAUUGAACGAUGAACAGACUAGCAGUUAUCUAUUGAUAAGUCUCCUAAGGAUACUUUCAAACAUGCACUCUAAUAGGUCAGACCAAGUGACAGACCAGGAUCUGUUAUCUCAUCUGUUAAGGAGCCUUGCAAGCCAUACUAUUGACCAUGGGGGAAGAAACAUAUCUGGGCUUUUUCAAGAAUCUCGGGAUGUGCUGAAUGAUGGCACUUCAUUUGGAAAUUCAGAGCAAGUUGGACAUGUGCAUGGUGCUAACGGUGCAACUAUACAAACCUCUUCUUCUAUAAAACCUAGCAUUCCAAACAACUAUCCGGCAUUUUCAGAAGUUCGAGACAUCACUGGAGGGCAGGUCAAGAUGAACAAUUUUGACUUGAAUGACAUAUAUAUCGACUCAGAUGAUGGUGCUGAAGAUAUAGAGAGAUCGCCUGUCCCUACAAACAUGGGGACUAGCUCUCUUGAUUGCCCUUCAUGGGUACAACAAGAUUCACAUCAAUCAAGUCCGCCACAGACAAGUGGUAAUUCAGAUUCAGCAUCUGCUCAGUCACCUUCUAGUUCUAAUGGAGAUGCACAGAGUCGUACAGAUCGGAUUAUUUUCAAACUUUUUGGCAAAGAACCAAAUGAUUUUCCUCUUGUCCUGCGAGCCCAGAUUCUGGACUGGCUGUCUCAUAGCCCCAUUCGUCAGGCUGAGACCAAAUGGGAGGAACUUUGCUGUAAUCUUAGCUCCAGUUUGAGUAGGCUUCUGGAUGUAUCGGAUGAUGCUUUCUGGAGAACUGGAUGGGUUUAUAUUAGGGUGCAGCAUCAAAUAGCAUUUGUUUACAAUGGUCAGGUUGUUGUAGAUACAUCCUUACCUCUCAGAAGUAGCAGCUAUAGUAGAAUUUUAAGUGUCAAGCCAAUUGCAAUAUCUGCAUCCGAAAGAGCUGAAUUUGUGAUUAAAGGCAUCAACUUGUCUCGGCCUACCACAAGACUACUAUGUGCAGUAGAAGGGAAGUAUAUGUUUCAAGAGAAUAAUCAAGAACUAAUUGACAGUGUUGAUAACUUCAAAGGAUAUGAUGAGCUCCAAUGCGUUAACUUUUCUUGUUCUAUUCCUACAGUAUCUGGGAGAGGAUUCAUUGAGAUUGAAGAUCAAGGUUUCAGCAGUACCUUCUUUCCUUUCAUAGUUGCAGAGGAAGAUUUUUGCUCAGAGAUCCGUAUGCUUGAGAAUGUGUUGGAUUUCACUGAAACAAAUGCUGAUGUUAAUGGAAUUGGAAAAAUGGAAGCCAAGAAUCAAGCCAUGGAUUUCAUUCAUGAAAUAGGUUGGCUUCUCCACAGAAGCCAAUUAAAAUAUAGAUUGGCUGACUUGGAUCCUUACACUGACCUCUUCCCUUUGAAACGGUUCAAGUGGCUUAUGGAGUUCUCCGUGGACCAUGAAUGGUGUGCUGUAGUGAAAAAACUGUUGAACUUACUAUUCAAUGGUGUUAUUGGUAUAGGAGAGCAUUCAUCUCUAAAUGUUGCAUUAUCAGAAAUGGGCCUUCUUCACCGAGCUGUGCGGAAGAAUUCUAGGUCUCUGGUGGAGCUCCUUUUAAGAUAUGUCCCUGAGAAAUCAGGAGCUGUAAACAAUUUGCUUAUUGGCGGAAGCAGUGAGAACUUUCUGUUCAGACCGGAUGUUGCUGGACCUGCAGGUUUGACGCCUCUUCACAUUGCAGCUGGUAAAGAUGGUUCUGAAGAUGUAUUGGAUGCAUUAACUGAUGAUACUGGAAUGGUAGGAAUUGAAGCAUGGAAAAACGCCCGUGACAGCACAGGCUUCACACCAGAAGAUUAUGCUCGCUUGCGUGGCCACUACUCAUAUAUCCACUUGGUACAAAAGAAGAUUAACAAGAAACCAGCUGUGGGGCAUGUGGUGCUUGACAUUCCUGGGACUCUACCCGACUGCAGCAUAAACCAGAAGCAAAAUGAAGGGGUGUCCACCAGCUUUGAGAUUGGACAAACGGCAAUAAGACCCAUUCAGCGGUCAUGCAAGCUUUGCCAUCAAAAGCUGGAUUAUGUAACAGCUGGCAGGUCAUUGUUGUACCGACCGGCAAUGCUCUCAAUGGUGGCCAUUGCUGCGGUUUGUGUCUGUGUAGCUCUUCUAUUCAAGAGCUCUCCUGAAGUUGUGUAUGUCUUCCGCCCGUUCAGGUGGGAAUUGUUGGGCUACGGAACAAGCUGAGGUCCUCCCAACCUGAUGGCUUAUGAUAGGUUGUGUGCAUUUAUAGACUGUAAAGUUGAGAAUCAAAUGUACCGGUGCUUUAGACAAGCGUCAGAUUCAGUAAUGUUAUUGACAUAUUUAUCAACUGUUUAGUUUGUUUUUCAGCGGUGAUUUAUUAAUGAGAGAGCAUUAUGAGAUCAUUGCACUUUAUUA